GGGUGAGUUGCGUAAGUAAACCAAAGGCAGCUGUGGCUAACAAUGGUCGCAGUCUCUGCCCCGGUCCGUGGUCCAGACGCCGCCUGUGAGGCCGCGUCCUCCUCGCUGUGAUGCAGCGCAUCACCAGCCUCGCUGCAUGCCGGGAGCUCGGCGGCCUCGCGGCUCGCUCCCCCGGGCUCCGCGCCUGGAAGAGGGGCCCGACCUUUAGCAAGCAGCUGGAGGGGUGUGUGCGUCCCGCGCGUCCUUUCUCCGCGGUGCCCGGAGCGCAGGGCCGGAGGAUGUGCAGGCGGAGGGUCGCGUUCGCCGGGCAGAAACACAGACUGCUCAGCUCGCAGCCCGGAGCCGACGGGCCGCCGGGGGGCUCCGACGGUCACCCCGCCGUCUCCGUGGUCGGCAUCCCGGACCCGAUCACAUGGAUCCGGUGCAGGGUCAUCAUGUUUCUCAUCAAGCUGUACUUUGAGUUAGACGUCAACUCUGCUGAGUUCAACAGAGGAGUGAAGCAGGCUUUGGUCCAUGUCUCUGACCUGAUGUCCAGCGGCAGAUACCACAGGCUAGUGGGGCUAGUGUCCAACGAGAUGAUCGAGUACGUUGAGGAGAGGUGCCGGGCUCUCACCAAUGCUCAGAGGCAGCAGCUAGCCGUGAAAAUGGACGAUAUCAUAUUCAUGCUGCCGGAAGACGUGUCUGUCGUCUUUGAUCGACACGGUAGAAAGUUCUGCUUCAUUGUCAUGAGGUUUUGGCUCCUGUCAACACACGAAGGCUCUGAUGACCCCGAAGGCGCAAAGAUCUUCAAACUGGCCUCCAGUGAAGAUGGCGGCCCACGGAAGAAGAUAGCGACAGCAGUCUACGAGUUCCGCAGAGAGCUGACGAGAGGGGCCUCUCCCGACUGGACGGUCACAACUGUUUGGCACUGGCACUGGAAAGCAGCUGAGUGAUCAGGCUCGAGGCGGCGAGGCCAUUUGUCAGUCGUUGGGACCCAACAGGGGAGAAGGAAUUAGCUGAGUUCAUGUAUCCAUGGAAGAUAACAUGAAGCUUGGCCAAUCAGCUACUCACCUUUGAUCGUUGAAUGGACCCGGAGCGCUGACACUGAAGCUGUGCACACAAGUGAAGACCUCAGAACUUUAUAAACCUACUUGAGGUCAGCCUCAGACCCUCAGAUGCCAUUAAACCCCCCCCCCCACAGUUACACAGCAUACUGUACAUGUCCUCUGAAUCAGCUGUGAACACCAUCAGCUGUUUUUAGCUCUUAUGCAGUAUAUGAACGGAGUGAUGAGGUUACUACAGAAAGACCUUUUUCCAGAGCUUUCAGCUACAUCUCACAGUCCUCCUUUGCAAAUGAAACAUGCUCAGGUUGUCAUAGUGAUAGCUCAGUUGUCAUUACAUGACCUACAGGUUGCAAGUAACUGGUUACAUGACAACAGGUGCUUGAUUAUGGUCACUGUUGUCAUGUGACCAACGUUCUGUACUUACUGUAGGUCAAGUGAUGGCAGCUGUGAAGACUCAAUCCUCUGAGGAAGACAAUGAGAUUGACCUUUGGGCACAAGUGUGCGGACCUAUAUGUAUACAUAUCUAUAUCUAUAUGUAUAUGUUUUGACAUUUAACUCUGUUGAGGUUCUUUUUAAGCCAACACUUUGCAUCAAUAAAUUGCCUGACCAUAGCACCAAACUGCA